AUGCGCGCAUCCAUCCUCCUGUCUACUCUGGCCAUGGCACUGGUGGCCCAGGCCACGUCCCUCACUGGACUCCGCACCCUCGUCCUCCUCGAUACCCUCGACGACGUUCUCAUCUACACCGAACUCUGGAGUGACCUCGAGGGACGCCACUUCAACCUCACCCUUAACGAUGUCAGCACGCCCGUUUCCUUGACCAAAUACGACCGUCGCCUCUAUGACCAUCUCAUUUUCCUCGCUCCCAACAUGAAGGAGUAUCCCAAGGGAAUGAACGCAAAGGAAGUGAUCGGAUUCAUGGCAGAAGGCGGCAAUGUCAUUUUGGCAGGAUCCUCCGAGUUGGCAAACCCUCUCCGCGAACUGUCUCGUGAGUUUGAUGUCGAGUUCGAUAACCGCUACACCUCCGUCUUGGACCACUUCAAUUACGACAAGGAAUUGGGCCAGGCCAAGCACGACACGAUCGUCGUCGACCCCUCGAGCCACAUGUCCAAGAUCGAUGCCAUUGUCCCUCAGGAUAAAUUGCCCGGACCUAUCUUGUUCCGUGGUAUCGGCCACUCUGUCAACCCUAAGAACUCGCUCUUGACCCCCAUCCUUUGGGCCCCUCAGGAGGCGUAUUCGUGGGAGUCAGUCAACUUGGACGAGAGUGCUGAUCAGGAUCCCUUGAUCGCCGGCAAGGACAUUAGCUUGGUCUCGGUGAUGCAGGCCCGUAACAAUGCCCGUAUUGCGUUCUUGGGUUCUACUGAUAUGCUGUCAGAUGCCUUCUUUAGUGCCUCCCCCAAGAAGCAAGGUGACAAGGAGACUGUCAGCGGAAACCGCAAGUUUAUCGAGGAAUUGACCAAGUGGACCUUCCAGGAAAAGAGCGCUCUGGAUGUCGUUGCCGUUCAGCACCACAAGGUUGGCGAGGAGGAGGCCCCCGCCCACUACCGUAUCAAGGACAACAUGACGUACACGAUCUCGUUGGCCGAGUACCAUGAGGGCGAGUGGCACCCUUUCUCUGCCGACGAUGUUCAGCUGGAGUUGAUCAUGUUAGAUCCCUACGUUCGCAAAACCCUUGAACAGCUCGAGUUGAAUGACCAGUCGACUGUCGGCACCUUCACCACCACCUUGCAGUUGCCCGACCAGUACGGAGUGUUCAAGUUCAUGGUCAACUACAAGCGCCCCGGUUUGACCUAUAUUGAAAGCGUGACGACUGUUGGUAUCCACCCCUUCCGCCACGACCAGUACCCUCGCUUCAUCUCUCAGGCCAAGCCCUAUUACACCAGCGCAGCCAGCAUGGGAGUUGGAUUGUUGGUCUUUUCUUUCGUCUAUCUCUGGGGCGGUUUGGACUCUACCGUCAAGACCACCAAGAAGGCAUAA